AUGAUAAUUAGGGGUUGUGAGUUGUGCAGUGCAGAAGCUGCAAUUUAUUGCGCUUCUGAUUCUGCAUUUCUUUGCCGGAGCUGCGAUUCCAAUGUUCAUGAGGCCAACUUUCUUGUAGCUCGCCACCUUCGCCAGACCGUUUGCUCCCAAUGCAAAGGCUUCACCGGGAAUUUCAUCUCAGGCGUCGGUUUAAAGACGUUAUCGAUUAUGUGCUCGUCCUGCUGCUCUCCGUCCACCGGAAUCGACUUGAAUUCCGAUUCUCUGUUAUCUUCAAGUACUUCGAUUUGCGUUUCAAGCACCACGACUCGUAAGGAAGCAUAUUCCGAUCGCAGGGAAACUUACGGGUUUGACUCUACAACGUCGUUCACCGACAAUUCAUGUGAGUUCAUGCCGGGGAAAUGUAUGAAGAAUCAAAGAGAACUGAAUUCCAUUAGAUCAGAAUCUCUGUCAAAGGUGGACUGGAAAACGGAGGGCGUUUUAGUAAAGUGGUCUAGAAAACUUGGACUUCGCAGCAACGACGCCGUGCGCAUGGCCUGUGAUGCAUUGAGGGCGUGUUUGGAUCAAUGGACGACUUUGCCUUUCCGUGUCUGCCUAGCGGCUUCGAUGUGGCUCGGCUUGGGGUUAUGUGGUGACAGAUUGGCGCUGAAGAGGCUUGCAGAGAUGUCGGGCGUGCCUGCUAAGCUCAUACUGGUCGCCCAGUCGAAGCUCCACCGCUUGCUGAAGGCUAGAAGACAACAUCGGCGCGACCAUCAGUUGGAGGAAGGCUGGGCUGAGUGUUCGGCUUGA